GGCAACCUUCGGUUUAAGGACGCCAUAUUUGUUCGCGUCAGUAGAGAUGUCCGGCAACGCUUUGUACAGGGCCAGCUCGUCGUCAUGCUGAGAAAUAAUGAAAAUUAAGUGAAAUUACACUAAAUAAAAAAGAAAAAGUGUAUAGAUUAUGUACAGAAUAUGUAUAGUUAUUAACCAAGUGUGAAUUUAAAUACAACAAGGUGUUUUUUCUCGCGUAUUCCCACUGUGAAUAAUUUUCUUCGGCAACGGCAACGCAGACAAGACUUGCAUACAAUUUAAUGUUCGUAUUCGUACCGAGCUUGUCUUCUCACGCGAGUUCGUUUUUAGUAUAUAUAGCCAGUCUAUGGACGGUCGAUGCGUGAAAAUAUUUCUAUGUCUAACAUAACCUCAAACUUACCGCUGCAGUCGGGGAAGUCGUCGUCAUCAGCGUCAACGUUGUUGGUGGAUACUCUUCAGGAACCACAGCUACAGCUCCAGCUAUUUGAUUUGAUAACCAUCGCCUGUCAAACGAGGAGACUAUGAAUGAAAAAAUAAAAUCGCCUUCAGCACAGGGUGGUAGUGGUGGUGCUGGUGCUGCUGCUGGUGGUGGUGGUGCAGCUGGUGGAAAUUCAGCUCCAUCGGUUGCCGCAAGCGCCGGAGGCGCCACACCACCCACAUCGGGUCCUCCCACGCCGAACAAUGGCAAUGAUCCUAACAUACAACAACAAGCCGGCACUGUACCGCAUCCCUAUGGCGGACCGCCACCCGGCACAGCGCCAGGUGCACCACCUGAUCCGGCAACUGUUAUGUCGCACUAUCACCAUCUACAUCAACAACAACAGCAACAGCAGCCACAACAUCCACAGGGUCCACCAUUACCACCACAUAUGCAACACCACGGUGGGCCACCUCCGCCACAGGGACCACUGCCUCUGCCAGGAGCGCCUGAGCAUACGCCCGGUGUGAAGGAUGAAUAUGGCUCAGCACAUUUGCCUCCGCCACCCGGCGUACAACACCAGCAUGCCCAUCCCGCCUAUGCGCGUUAUCAUUCGGGUGAUCCCAACAUGGAUCCCUAUCGCUAUGGACAUGCGCCCACGCAGCAACCACCUCCAGGCACUAAACCGCCGCACCAGCAGCAGCAGCAACAACAACAGCAGCCGCAAGGUGCUGGAGGAUCGCCAAAUCGACCACCACAACAGCGAUAUAUACCCGGACAACCGCCGCAGGGUCCCACACCAACAUUAAAUUCAUUAUUGCAAUCGUCAAAUCCGCCGCCACCGCCCCAACAUCGCUAUGCGAAUAACUAUGAUUCCCAGCAAGUUGCCAAUGCAGCGGCUGCGGCAGCUGCAGCACAACAACAACAGCAGCAGCAACAACAACAGCAGCAGCAGCAUCAACAAAAUGCCCAACAGCAACCUGCCGGGCCACCGCCCCCACUCCCCGGCCAUGGGCCACCGCCGCCACAACAUCAGCCAUAUGGUGCGCAACAGGGCGGUUGGGCACCACCGCCAAGGCCCUAUAGCCCACAGCUAGGACCAUCGCAGCAGUAUAGGACACCUCCACCGCAAAGUACUUCCAGAGGUCAAUCACCAUAUCCGUCAGCUCACAGUCAAAACUCAGGUUCCUAUCCAAGUUCGCCCCAACAACAACAGCAGCAGCAGCAACAACAACAGGCGCAACAACAACAAGCGGCACAACAGUCCGGUGGUGUUGGCCCACCUGGAGCGCCGCCGCCACCUCCAGGCCCCUCACAGCAACAACAACAACAGCAAAAUACACCGCCCAAUUCUCAAUAUUCGCCGUACCCGCAAAGAUACCCAACACCGCCAGGUUUACCGGCGUCUGGGCCCAAUCAUCGAACUGCCUACACAACGCACCAAUAUUCCGAACCAAAUCGACCGUGGCCAGGCGGCUCAUCACCUAGUCCUGGUCCCGGCCAUCCAUUGCCGCCUGCCUCACCGCAUCAUGCGCCGCUGCAGCAACCGCCAACGCCACAUUCCGCUGGUGGCGGACCUCCACCCAGCAGCAGUCCAGGGCAUGCGCCGAGUCCAUCGCCGCAACCCUCGCAGGCAUCACCAUCGCCACACCAGGAGUUGAUUGGACAAAACAGCAACGAUAGUUCGAGUGGCGGUGCACAUAGUGGCAUGGGUUCUGGUCCACCGGGCACGCCGAAUCCACAGCAAGUCAUGAGGCCUACACCCUCGCCAACUGGCUCUUCGGGAUCAAGAUCAAUGUCUCCUGCAGUGGCACAAAAUCAUCCAAUCUCGCGUCCGGCGAGUAAUCAGUCAAGCAGUGGGGGUCCAAUGCAGCAACCAACUGUGGUCGCCGGCCCGCCACCGAUGCCGCCACAUGGUCUACCAGGUGGGCCACCAUCUCAGCAGCAAUCUCAGCAGCAACAGGCUUCAAAUUCAGCAUCGUCAGCAAGCAAUUCGCCACAGCAGACGCCACCACCAGCCCCGCCGCAAAACCAAAAUGUUAAUAAUAUGGCAACACCACCACCGCCGCAAGGGGCGACAGGUGGUUAUCCCAUUCCGCAGCAUAUGCAUGGCCCCUACAAAUUGGGUGGACCUGGACAAAGUCCCGGCGCUCAAGGAUAUCCACCACAACAAUAUCCGCAAGGAAAUUACCCGCCACGCCCACAAUAUCCGUCGGGCGCGUAUGCAACUGGGCCACCACCUCCGCCAUCCAGCCAAGCCGCUGGCGGAGCCAACAACAUGUCAUCCAGCGCACAAACUGGCUACCCUCGUUCAAUGCCCAACCACAGUGGUGGUAGCCCUCAUCCACAGUAUCCACCGUAUCAGUGGGUGCCCCCAUCGCCACAACAAACUGUGCCUGGUGUCGGUUCGGGACAAAUUGGUGCUUCUAUGGGUAAUCAUGUGCAAGGCAAAGGAACACCACCACCAGUGGGACCGCCUCCACCACAGGGCAGUGGCUCGCCACGCCAAUUAAACUAUCUGAAGCAGCAUUUACAGCACAAAGGUGGAUACGGUGCAAACCCAGCGGCACCACAGCCCCAAGGUUAUGGAAAUGGACCGACUGCCAUGCAUCCGGCAAUGCCCAUGGGUCCACCACAUCAUAUGGGUCCACCGCAUAGUAUGGGACCACCUACCAGCACGCCGCCGCAAUCAAUGCUGGGUGCACAGGCAGGCAGCGACAGUGGCCCAGAGCAUAUAUCCCAGGACAAUGGCAUCAGUUCAUCAGGGCCGUCACCAGCCUCGGGAUUGCAUGCCGUUACCGCAGUAGUUACAACUGGCCCAGAUGGUACACCAAUGGAUGAAGUUAGUCAACAGAGCACGCUCUCAAAUGCUUCGGCUGCAUCUGGCGAAGAUCCACAAUGUACAACACCAAAGUCGCGCAAACAUGAUCCAUAUAGCCAAAGUCAUUUAGCACCGCCAAGCACUUCUCCACAUCCCGUUGUUAUGCAUGGAGGGGGUGGUCCGUCUGGAGAGGAGUAUGAAAUGAGUUCACCACCUAAUUGGCCACGUCCAGUUGCUAGUUCGCAGGUGCUCAACAGUCAUGUUCCUGUUCAGCAAGAACCAUUUCGGAGCACCAUUACGACAACAAAAAAGUCGGAUUCGCUUUGCAAGCUAUACGAGAUGGAUGACAAUCCGGAUAGGCGUGGUUGGCUAGACAAGCUGCGAGCCUUUAUGGAGGAGCGUCGGACACCAAUUACAGCGUGUCCGACCAUCUCAAAACAGCCACUCGAUUUAUAUAGGUUAUACAUUUAUGUAAAAGAACGUGGCGGAUUCGUCGAGGUGACCAAGAGCAAGACCUGGAAGGAUAUAGCUGGUCUGCUCGGAAUCGGCGCUAGCAGCAGCGCUGCCUAUACACUCCGCAAGCAUUAUACAAAGAAUCUGUUGGCAUUCGAGUGUCAUUUUGAUCGCGGCGACAUCGAUCCAUUGCCCAUUAUACAGCAAGUUGAGGCCGGUAGCAAGAAAAAGACAACGAAAGCAGCAUCUGUGCCAUCACCAGGAUCAUCGAACUCACAGGAUUCUUUUCCGGCACCACCUGGAAGUGCACCCAAUACAACAAUCGAUGGAUAUACUGGCUACACAGGCGGUGGUGCCUAUCCUACACCUUCCGGACCGCAACCGGAUUAUGGAGCAGCUGGACAAAUGCAAAGGCCACCAUCGCAAAGCAAUCCCCAGGCACCUCAUCCUGGCACACAAAAUCAAACAGCCGCCGCUGUUGUUGCCGGUGAUAACAUAAAUGUGAGCAAUCCCUUUGAAGAUCCAAUUGCUGGCGGUGUGGCUGCUGGUGGUGUUGCUGCUGCUGCAGCUGCUGCUUCUGCUGGUGGCGUUGGUGUUGGUGGUCCACCACAUGGUGCUCCACCACCGCCACCACAUUCACCGCACACAGCGCCACAAUCAAACAAUCAACACCACCAACAAGGCAUUCCAACACAAUUGCCGCCACCGUCGCAGCAACCACCGGCGCCACCACCACAGCAACAUGGUCCGCCAUCGACGCAGCAUGCUCGCCCUGCAACUGGAGUACCUUAUCCACCAGGUAGCUCUGGGUAUCCAACGCCUGUGUCUAGAACGCCAGGCUCACCGUAUCCAACACAGCCUGGUGCUUAUGGUCAAUAUGGUUCGGGCGAUCAGUAUAAUGCCGCUGGGCCACCAGGACAACAAUUUGGACCAAAUCAGGGACAAUAUCCGCCGCAGAAUCGCAAUAUGUACCCUCCCUAUGGGCCAGAAGGGGAAGCCCCACCAGCUGGUGCUAAUCAGUAUGGUCCGUAUGGAAAUCGACCUUAUAGUCAAGCACCACCUGGUGCACCGCAGCCCCCAGCGCAAGGCGGACCGCCAGGUGGACCGCCAGCCAGUGGGGCGCCAGUAGCACCACCAAAUAGUGGUUAUGCACCAAACACUCCCAACCAGCAGGAUUAUUAUCGGCCGCCAGAUCAAAGUCCUCAACCGCGACGACAUCCUGACUUCAUCAAAGACUCGCAGCCUUAUUCAGGCUAUACUGCGCGGCCUCAACUUUAUGGUGGUUGGCAAGGUGGCAAUCAACAGUAUCGUGCUCAGUAUCCCACAUCGUCGGCGCCACAAUCGUGGGGAAAUGCACCACCACGGGGUGCAGCACCGCCUGGAGGUCCCCAUGGUCCGCACGGUCAGCCGCCAGCAGGUGUCGCUCAGUGGGAUCAACAUCGUUACCCACCUCAGCAGCCUCCUCCGCCACCGCAGCAGCAACAACCGCCGUAUCAGCAGGGCGCACCGCCUGGUCAGCAACAACAGCCGACGGCACCACAGUGGGCACAGAUAAAUGCAGUUCAACCGCCACCCCAGGCAAAUAUAGCGCAACCGGGAUCAAACCUGCGUCCGCCACUUGGUGCUGCACAGCAGCAACGGUUGCCCAGCGGAGUGCCCGUCAUGUCGCCCCAGCAGCAACAGGGACAACCAGUGGCACAGCCACCACAUGGAGGUGUUCCUACAUCAAAUAUGCUACCAGUUGCUGGUGGAUUAGCGAAACCGCCUUAUGCUAUGCCACCGCCGUCACAAGCUGGAGGCGUUCCACCUGGUGUGGCCAUGGUUGGUACCCCACCUGGCAGCAUGAUUGCACAAAAGCAACCGCCAAUUGUUGGACAGGGCAUGCAGCCGGCGCAACAGCAGCCCCCUCAUCAGCUGCCCAAUCAGCAGGCUCCGUAUGCUCCACAAGUAACUGGCGCCGGGGCACAGCUCGUGAAGAAGGAGCUAAUCUUUCCACACGAUAGCGUGGAAUCAACAACACCAGUGCUAUACCGACGAAAGCGCCUGACAAAGGCUGACGUCUGUCCCGUUGACCCGUGGAGGAUCUUUAUGGCUAUGCGUUCGGGUCUUCUCACUGAAUGCACAUGGGCUUUGGAUGUGCUGAAUGUUCUGCUAUUUGACGAUGCCACCGUUCAGUUCUUUGGCAUAUCAAAUUUGCCCGGCCUGUUAACCCUGCUGCUUGAACACUUUCAGAAAAAUCUCGCCGAAAUGUUUGAUGAACGCUGCGAGGAGGCGAUAGGCGAUGAGGCAGAUGAUGAUGCCGACAGUGGCACUGUCGUAUCAGUGCAGGCUGAAGAUCGCCUCAGGCGGAGACAGUCGCGUUGUGUACGGAGCAUAUGCAGCUAUAAUCGUAGACGACACUACGAGAAUAUGGAUAUUAAGCGCAGUGAAGAUUCGGAUGAUGCCGAUGAGGGCAUCGAUUUGGGUCAAGUGCGUGUCCAGCCAAAUCCCGAAGAGCGAACGCUUCUCCUUUCGUUUACGCCUAAUUAUACUCUGGUCACGCGAAAGGGUGUCCCGGUUCGAAUUCAAACUGCAGAUCAUGAUAUCUUUGUUGAUGAGCGCCAAAAAUCAUGGGAUAUUGACACAAACAAAUUGUACGAGCAGCUCGAACCAGUUGGCAGCAAUGCCUGGACAUAUGGAUUCACGGAACCCGAUCCACUCGAUGGCAUUAUCGAUGUGUUCAAAUCGGAAAUUGUUAACAUUCCAUUUGCGCGAUACGUACGUACGAAAAACAAGGGAAAGUCGCAGAUUGCAGAGAUUGCGGCGAAGAGAAACAAUAGCCUUCGACCGGACGAGGAUACCGUGGUCAUCAAGCAGGAAGACACCACAACCAACAGCAGCACCGAAGAUAGCAGUCUAAUUCAGCAGACUUACAAUAAAAAGCGUCGAUUGGUGAGCAGUAGUGGUGGACCAGCCAGUGUUGAUAUUAAAAAGUCCAAACUGGAGGAGGAAUUUGCGCAGCCAAUCCUCGAGGUUAAGAAGGAGACAAGCACAGAUGCCGCCCUGUGUGUGGGUGUCAGUUUAACGGACAGUGAUUGCCGGGCCGUUGAUAUGGAGAUUGAAUUACCGCAGCAACAACGUCUGACCAAUGGAGUCGCUACACAACCCAAGGGAUUUGAUCCCAAGUCAACUGUGCGCGAUGUAGCACAAGUUCUGCAACGACGUCGUGACUCUAGCUACGAGGAUGAAUGUUACACGCGAGACGAGGCCUCAUUAUAUUUGGUCAACGAUAGCCAGGAUUCGUUGGCACGUCGCUGUAUUGCGCUCUCGAAUAUCUUUCGCAAUUUGACCUUUGUGCCCGGCAAUGAGACGGUGUUGGCCAAGUCGACACGAUUUCUGGCCGUGCUCGGUCGCCUCCUCUUGCUUAACCACGAUCAUUUGCGACGCACGCCCAAGACCCGCAACUAUGAUCGAGAAGAGGAUUCAGACUUUACCGACUCGUGCAGUUCAUUGCAGGGUGAGCGGGAAUGGUGGUGGGAAUAUUUAAUUACCAUUCGGGAAAAUAUGCUCGUGUCCAUGGCCAACAUAGCUGGACAUUUGGAACUUUCGCGCUAUGAUGAAUUAAUCGCACGCCCGCUUAUCGAUGGACUGCUGCAUUGGGCUGUCUGUCCCAGUGCCCAUGGCCAGGAUCCCUUUCCCUCAUGUGGCCCCAAUUCAGCGUUAUCACCGCAACGCCUUGCCCUGGAAGCGCUCUGUAAAUUGUGUGUUACAGAUGCGAAUGUCGAUUUAGUGAUUGCGACACCGCCCUUUUCACGCCUUGAGAAACUAUGUGCGGUGCUGACGCGACAUUUAUGCAGGAACGAGGAUCAAGUGCUGCGUGAAUUUUCUGUCAAUUUGCUGCAUUAUUUGGCCGCAGCAGACAGUGCCAUGGCACGGACUGUGGCCCUGCAGUCGCCUUGCAUUUCAUAUUUGGUUGCAUUCAUUGAACAGGCGGAGCAGACUGCAUUAGGCGUGGCCAAUCAGCAUGGCAUCAACUAUCUGCGCGAGAAUCCCGAUUCGAUGGGCACCAGCUUGGAUAUGUUACGACGAGCGGCCGGCACGUUAUUGCAUUUGGCCAAGCAUCCAGAUAAUCGAUCGCUGUUCAUGCAACAGGAACAGCGAUUACUUGGUCUGGUCAUGUCGCAUAUACUGGAUCAGCAGGUGGCAUUGAUUAUAUCAAGGGUGCUCUAUCAAGUCUCGCGCGGCACUGGUCCGAUGCACUCGGUUGAGUACAGAUUGUUGCAGCAGCGUCAACAACAACAACAUCGCUCCAAUCUGUCUGCAACAGAAAAAACAAUUGCGUCAACAACAACAACAGCAGCGGCAGCGACAACAGCAACGGCCACAACCACAACAAGUGCAGUGAAAACGGAACCCUGUGUGCAGCAAACAGCAGAUCAGACUAUCGAUACUAAGCCAACAGCAACAGCUGCUGUUGUCAUGACGACAGCUGUGAUCAACGAUGACAACAGCAACAGCAGCCAACAAUUGCCGCCAGCGGCAACCUUCAAUGAUGUUAGCAACAGCAGUACCAACAGCAACAGUUGCGGCACCGUCAGCAGCAAUCAGACUAACAGCAGCAGCAUGGGCAGCAGUAGUCAGACAACACUUAACAAUUUGGUAACACCAAGCGAACAACAACAACAACAGCAGCAGCAGCAGCAGCAACAACAACCAGUUGGUAAAUCCGCAACUGUAGCUGCAACAACGCCAACAACAACAUCGGCAUUGUCUUCGAACAAUUUGAGCAACAUUAAUGUCAAUGCUGCUGCAUCAACAACACCAAACUCAACACCUGCAACAGCUGUGGCGCCACAGACGGCGGCGCCACCGCCAACAAAUGCCAAUACAACCGCAGCCGUUGCGUAGUAUACAACAAUGCUACCAGCAACGUCUUACUAUUGGUAACAAGAUGGUGAUCGUCGAUGGAUGGCUAAAAGAAACUACAAGGAAUAAACACAACACUUAUACAGUUAUAUAUUGGUAGAAUUUGAAUUGCGAUGAUGUAAUCAAAUAAUGUAAAUUAACUAAAUGGUAUAGGACAUGAUCUGCGUCGAAUCGUGAGUUAAAGCGAAUUACUAAAUGAUAACGAUAAUUAGCAUAAACACAAAAAAUUGUAUAUGCUAUAAACGUAAUUAACUUCUUGAAAUUUAGAAAAGAUUCAAGAAUAGUAACACACACAAUAACUGUAUAUUUUUCCACUUAAGUCUAUAGUUAAUAUAUAUAAAUAUAAAAGGAAGAAAAUCAAUAUUACGGCAAGGAAAACAUAAAAAAAAAUAACAGAAAAACAAAACGAUAAACAAAUAAGAAAAUGAUAAAGAAAGCAGGAAUUCGGUCUGGCGUUAAAUAUAGUCCCCCGUUCAAAUUUUAGCAAUGAAUUUUCAACGUCAAACUUAAGGCAAGAGGUUUAUUUGCAUUCAGAUAGAGAUGCAUGCGUAAAGUUUAAGCACACAAUAUACUUACAUAUGUAUUAAAUUAAAUGAUUAAAAACUAAUAACUAAAACUCAAUACACACAUAUGCAUACGCUAAAUAUACAUACAUACACUUAAAAUUAUAAAUAUAUAUAUAUAUAAAUGAAAUGUAUUGUGUUGCUUUAAUUUAUAUAUAUUUUGCGAUAUGUAUAUGGUAUAUAAAUUUAAGUAAUACAAUACAUAAUGAUUGAGAAAUGGGAAAUAACAACAAGUUAUGUAUGUUAACGAAUAAACAUAUAUAUAUAAAUAUAUAUAUACAUAUAUAUAAAUAAAAGUUAGUUUUAAAAUUCUACUACAUACUACUUAUAAUAAUAAUAUUAUUACAAUAUGUCAUUUAAAGUCAUAUAGUGAACAUAAAUAUAACAUCAUAUGCAUAUGUAUGUGUAUAUGCGACAUCUUUAAGAACUAUGUAAUACAAUUAAACGGAUAUUUAUGUGUGUGGAUAUUGUGAAAUUUGAAUGCAAAAAAUAAUGCAAACACAAAAUACAAUAUAAAUUAAAAAAAAAAAAAACAAAACCGAAAAACAAAAGAGAACUGUACAUACUUAACUAUUUUGUAAAUUUUAUCUGUAUUUUGUUUCCGCGAUGCGCGUUGAGCGUUGCUGCCACAUGCCACAAUUCAUCUCGUAUUAUUUAUGCAAGCGUGUGUGUGUAGGCGAAUAAUUCAAGUUGAUUGAAUGAUCGUAAAAGUUUUGUUUUAUUAUAUUUUUUUUGAAGAUUAUCACACAUCCACACACACGUUGCAUUAGAGGAAAGGCAAAGUUCGAGCACUUAAUGUUGUAAUUUUUAUGUUGUUUGUAUUAUUAUUUACUGAAGUGCUGCUGGAACAAGGUUUAAUUUUAUAUUGAGCAUAAUUUAGGCGUAAAUGACAAGCUUAACUCAUAAGUUUUUAUCUUAAUCUUAAUUUAAAAUAUUCAAUCUUAAAGAAAUACAGUACAUUAAAAAGAAAAGAUUUCAAAAUGAAUACGAACUAAGCUAUAUAGAAGCACGAAAAAUAAACUAACAUGCUUUACAUUACAAAAUGAAGAAGGCGUGAAACCAAUAGAAAACGGAAACAGAAAAAAAUUAAAAACAAAAACGUAAAAAAAUUAAUUGCAAAAUCAUCGAGCACCUGAAAAUGGACAUGUGCGAAAAGUUGUAAACUCUACUUUGAAGCAUAUGCAGUUAAAGCUCUAGAAAACAUGGCAAUAUUACAAAUGGACUGCUGUUUAAAAGAAAUAUAAAAUAAAAUGAGAAAAAAUAAUAAGAGAAAUAUAACACAAACAAAUACGAAUAAAUGAUGAUAAAAUUUAUAAAGUCAAGUAGACUGGGCUAGUAGCAACCCCCUUCUAUACUAAUGUCGAUCAACAGAAUGAUACCAGAAGCAGUUGAAACCUGAAAAAAAUAACUUUAAUUUAUGUAGUUGUUUUCCAAACACAAAAUAUGACUCAACAUCUCGAUAUCGAUAUAUUACUUGUAGUUAUUAGUGUAUAAUUUUUGCUAGGAUGUAAAUGUAUGUCCCCCAAACUUAAUUUAAUUAUUUAAUUAAUAUACAUACAUAUAUAA